AUGGCCGUCUCCCCAGUUGUCCCGGCCCCAACGGCAGCCCACGAUGGCGUCGCUCGUGUUCGCACCGCCGCCUCUCCCUCUAAGAGCCUCGCCUCGGGCUUCGACUCGUCCAACGGAACGCCAGGGUCGACCGCACCAGCUGCCGCAGGAGAAGCAGCGGCAGCAGCUGCCGUGGCGACGACGGCGCCCCACGCACUCGAUUUUGCCGAGCGUAUGAACGAGGAGGAGAAGCGCAAGUACGUCAAGGGGAAAAAGAUUGGUGAGGGUACCUACGCCAUCGUCUUCCUCGGCCAUCUUCGCUCCGACCCGUCGACGCUCGUCGCCAUCAAGAAGAUUAAGGUUCAGAAGGAAUACACCGAGGGCAUGGCACCCGACGCCGUCCGCGAAAUCAAAUACCUCCAGGAGCUGCACCACCCCAACAUCAUCUCCCUGCUCUCCGUCUUCUCCUCCAAAGACCAGAACCUCAACCUUGUCCUCGAGUACCUCCCCCUCGGCGACCUCGAGAUGCUCAUCCGCGACACCGACCGCGUCCGCUACGGUGCCGCUGACAUCAAAACCUGGAUGGGUAUGCUCACUCGCGCUGUCUGGUUCUGCCACGAGAACUUUGUCCUGCACCGCGAUAUCAAGCCUAACAACUUGCUCAUCGCCGCCGACGGCGAAGUCAAGCUCGCCGAUUUCGGUCUCGCUCGCGGUUUCGCCGACCCCCACCAGAACAUGACAUCCAACGUCAUCACCCGCUGGUACCGCCCACCCGAGCUGCUCUUCGGCGCCAAGCACUACGGUAGUCGCGUCGACGUCUGGUCUGUCGGCACCGUCUUCGCCGAACUCAUCAUGCGCGCCCCCUACCUCCCAGGCAAUAACGAGCUCGACCAGGUCAGGUUGAUCUGCGAGUCCAUCGGCACCCCCAACGAUGACAACUGGCCCGGCGUCACCAAGCUUCCCGAAUACACGGUCCCCGGCCAGCACCCCCUGAAGGGCCGUGACUGGUACGAGAUGCGCUUCGGCACCGUCGGCCCCGACGGCGUCGACCUGCUCAUCAAGACUCUCUCGCUCGACCCCAUGAAGCGCAUCUCCGCCCGCGACAUGCUGCGCCAUCCGUGGUGGCACUCGGAACCCAAGCCCACGCCCAAGGAGGACCUGCCGCGCAAGACGGACGGCGCCGAAGACAAGAUGGGCGCCGACCUCAAACGCCGACCAGGCGUCGUCGCCGGCGAAGAAGACAGGGGUGCCAAGGUGGCGCGGAAGCUCGACUUCGGGAAGAGGAUGUGA